AAAGUGAAGAAGAAAAUGGGGGGAGGGGGGGAGGAAACAAGACGAGAGGGAGUGCGUGUAAAGAAAAGAAGGGAAAGAGGGGCAAGCAUUGGGUCGUGUCGGCUUCAACCAAACAAACACCACCAAGCACACACCUCUCUCUCUUCUUCUCUCUCUUCGCCAUUGAUCCAAUCGAUCGUUUCAUCUUUUGUUCCCUUCCCCCCCCCCCCCCAAUCGGCUGCUUACACGGUUUCAAGCUGGUUGGAAUCCUCGGCCGCUGUAAUCUCUGAUCAUAGCUCAGCAGCAGGACUCGCCCACAGUACCCCCGGCCGCCCCAGAAUCUCGCCUGCCUUCCUCACCUCUUCUUCGGGAUUGUUACAGGUUGAAUAUCUCCCUAGAUCUGCUCCUGGUCUUUCAAUGGCGUAUCCAGCUUCUAGUCACUCUUCAUCAGGACCCAAUUCAGGAAACUCAAGUGACGCUUUGUAUCGGGAGCUAUGGCAUGCCUGUGCUGGCCCCCUUGUCAAUCUUCCUCUAGAAGGAGAGCGCGUUUAUUACUUUCCACAAGGACAUAUGGAGCAGCUCGAAGCAUCAAUGCACCAAGGCUCAGAGCAGCAAAUGCCUUCAUUCAAUCUGCCUUCUAAAAUUCUCUGUAAAGUAGUCAAUGUUCAUCUUCGGGCUGAACCAGAUACAGAUGAAGUUUAUGCACAGAUAACUCUACUUCCUCAAACUGAUCAAGCUGAAGUUACCUCCUCCGACCCACCAGUUCCAGAGCCUCCCAGGUGCACCGUGCAUUCCUUCUGCAAAACACUUACUGCUUCUGAUACCAGCACCCAUGGUGGAUUCUCUGUUCUUCGGAGACAUGCAGAUGAUUGUCUUCCUCCACUGGAUAUGUCUCAGCAGCCUCCAUGGCAAGAAUUGGUUGCAACAGAUCUGCAUGGCAACGAAUGGCAUUUUCGGCACAUUUUUCGAGGGCAGCCUAGGCGCCAUUUGCUCACUACUGGCUGGAGUGUCUUUGUGAGUUCCAAAAAAUUAGUAGCUGGUGAUGCUUUUAUAUUCUUGAGGGGUGAAAGUGGAGAAUUGCGGGUAGGUGUGAGGAGGCUCAUGAGACAACAGAGCAACAUGCCAUCCUCUGUUAUAUCUAGUCACAGUAUGCAUCUUGGGGUUCUUGCCACUGCAUCCCAUGCCAUAUCAACUGGAACGCUCUUUUCAGUCUUCUAUAAGCCCAGAACAAGUAGGUCGGAGUUCAUAGUCAGUGUAAACAAGUAUCUUGAAGCUCGUAGCCACAAGUUAUCUGUUGGGAUGAGGUUCAGAAUGAGGUUCGAGGGAGAGGAAGUUCCAGAAAGAAGGUUCAGUGGAACUAUUGUCGGAGUUGGAAAUGAUAAGUCAUCUGGCUGGACAGACUCUGAGUGGAGGUCCCUAAAGGUUCAAUGGGAUGAGCCUUCAUCGAUCCCGCGUCCAGACAGAGUUUCACCGUGGGAAUUGGAGCCCCUUGUGGCUACUGCUCCUUCAAACUCCCAACCCACUCAAAGGAACAAGCGAGCACGCCCACCUGUUCUCCCUUCAGCACCAGAUCUCUCUGUUCUAGGUUCAUGGAAGUCUCCCAUUGAUUCCCCGCUCGGGAGGGACCUUUAUCCUUCACCCAAGUUUUCUUCCACUACACAGGGCAGCUCUCUUGGUUGUGCUGGUAAUGGUUCACUAACCACUGUUGCUAGUGGCUCCAUUUACUGGCCCAAACAUGCUGAGACAAUUAGCGAGUCUUUUACACCGCUCAACAGUAAUAGAGAAUCUGGUGAAAAAAGACAGAGCACUGGGAGUGGCUGCAGGCUGUUUGGAAUUCAGUUGCGUGAUGCCACCAAUUUAGAGGAGAAUUCGCCUGCAGUCGUUACUCAUGGAACAGCUGGAGAUGAUAGGCCCAUUCCACCUGGAGACGCCGAUUCUGACCAAUAUUCAGAACCAUCAAAUCUUAAUCGAUCUAAUAUCCCCUCUAUGAGUUGUGAUCCCGAUAAAUCCUGCCUGAAAUCUUCUCAGGAGUCGCAUAGCAGGACGAUCCGUAGCUGCACCAAGGUUCACAUGCAAGGGAUUGCUGUUGGGAGGGCUGUUGAUUUGACGCGAUUCCAUCGAUAUGAGGACCUUCUCGUAAAACUGGAAGGGAUGUUUGACAUUGAAGGUGAGCUCUGCGGAUCCGAGAGGAAAUGGCAAGUCGUCUACACUGAUGACGAAGAUGACGUGAUGAUGGUUGGAGACGAUCCAUGGCAUGAAUUCUGCAGCAUUGUGAGGAAGAUUUACAUUUACACGACUGAGGAAGUGAAGAAGUUGUCUCCCAAGAUUAAAUUCCCAGCAAAUGAAGUUAAAACGAGCAAACUGGAUUCAGACACUGCAGGCAACACUGAUGACCGUUCAUCCAUUGUGGGGUCAGGCUGCUGACUUCUCCUGCCUUCUUCGAAUUUCUUGGGUACCGUUGAAGAGGAGGCAUAUUAAGAUAAUUAAGGGAAGGAAGAAUCAACUUGCUGAACACCCUCCCUAGAUUCCUAUCCUGACAAGGUUUAAUUAAGAAGGCAGUCCAUCAUGAUCUUGGUGCGAUCCUAGGAUGGCUGCUCAUUUUACCCGCCAUUUGGCAGCACGAGUGUGAUGGGAAACCCGACAAGGACAGAUCAGCCUUGCCACGAGUGUUUUACUUUCUCAAGGGUGAGAUGAGAUGGAGGAUUUGGUUGUGUUGAUUGAUGUGAUUUUGGUUUUUCAGCAAGAAGAAAGUCUCAUAAGUAAGCUUGUGCGCGACGAACAUGGAGUUGAGGGCACAGAUUAGUUUGUACUAGCUUAUAGCGAUGAGAUUCAGAAGAGAAGAGCGCCAUCACAUCCUAUCGACCGAUCUUGGAACCACCGUCUGUAUAUAUAUAUAUAUAUAUAUAUAUAUAUAUAUAUACACGAGUAGCCCUCUUUCUUUGUUUUCGAUUGCUUCUGUGAUUGCAUCAAUGAGAACCUGAAAAUUUUGUUGCUCAAUGGUUUGCUCGUAGUGGAACUAAAGUAAAAAGAUAUUGCUGGAGUUCCGUAUUAUGAUCGCAAA